GUCGCUUCCUUUCUCUCUUGUUCUUUACUUGGCUACUGUUAUUAAUGGAAUGGUAGCAGUGAUGGUGGCUUAGUGGAUUGCAGUUGAAUAGGAUUGUUUGAUCGUGGCGGCACGCGUUACGCAGAGAAGGAAGACAGAAAGGAAAAGUUGAGAAAGCUGUGGAUAGAAGCCGAUUGCACCCUGUUGUUCAGAGGAAAACCCCUUCAUUUUCCCAUUGUAAAAGAAGUCCUUUUUGGCCUUCUUCUUUGUGUUCUCCUCUCUAUAUUAUAGUUGAGAAACUGGGGAAAGGGGCGCCUCGUUCCUUUAUUACAUAUCCUAUUUUCUGUUGUCUUCUUCCCUUCUCCUGUUUACCUCUAAGGAAGAUUCUCUGUGUUUUUUAUCAGAAAAAAAAUGUUUUUCCUGGCUUAGUUUUUUUGAACUUCUUUUCUGCAUGAAGAGUAGGCCUUCCUCUACCAGUUUUCUUAUAUUUUGGUUGAUGAUAUAUACCAGUUUCGCUGUUUUCUUCUUCCUGUCUGUAGCAGGAGAAAAUCCUCUGUUUUGCGUCAAAAAAAGACUCCUUUUUCGCCUUCCUCGUGUUCUCUUCUCUCUUUAGCAUACAAACAGUGCAACAACUCGCCUUCCAUCUGCUAGUCUCAUCUUUUUCCGCAUUCGCUUAGAAAAUUUCGUUCUCUAAUCUUUUCUCGUUGUCUUGUCUUAUUCAGGAAACCCAUCCCCCCCCCCCCCCCCCCACAGUGUUUUUAUUUUACCUCGUAAUUAUUUUUUUUUGUCUCCGUUCUUCUGAUUGAUAAGAUUUGGAGCUUACAAGGGCGAAAGGAAGUUCCUUUCUAGAAACAUCUAGACCUCAUUUCUCCAUUCUCUGAAUAAAAGAAGCGCGGGUGUCGCAGCUUCCGGGGAGCUUCGGCGAGCUUUGGAUUCUAUCAUACCUCAGAUGAGCCGGAGUUCAUUUUACAUGGUCAGUAGCUAGACAUGCCCUGUCAAUCAUGAAGAUGAAUUGUAUAUAUUUGGCUGAGACAAAAGUAUUCCAAGAUGAAAAUGCCAUACCUUGUAGUUCGGACAGUACCGGAGGGUUGGAAGAAGACAAUUGCUUGUAUUUUGUCAUACCGGAACUUAAAUUAGAGCUUUUUGAGAAGGUCAGCAGGAAUCUACCUUUGAUCUUGGAUGUUGGACGAUCAAAAAAUAGUUCAAUAUGUAACCAGAAAUCAUGUCCAUGCAGCAAUGAACUCAUCUUUCCAAAUUAUAUCAAUUUUAUCAGUCCCAAUAGGAAGUUCGCACAGCAUUUCAUUGGAUCGGAAGAACUUAGUUCUGAUUCUAUUCAUAUCUUUUGUAGAACAGAAUCCCUGUUAAACAUCCCCGUGAAUGUGAGAUAUAUGUUCAAAAGCUUAAAAAUGCGAAGAAGAACAAGGAGUAUUAAUGAUCUGGGCGAUUUCAUUGUUGAAUGUUCUCCAGCAACUCGUUCCGUGAAUGUAAUUGUGAGUCCUUCAGGGCGAUGGAUUUUUGAUUCUAUAGAGGCAAUUGUCAAGGCAAGGACCUUUAUAAAAAGCUCACUAUUCUUCAAGCUAGGCAAUUCAGAUGAUACUGUGGGACACAUUAGAUCAAGAUCGACCGGUACCAGACGAAUAGAAUUCUCAGAGUUGACAAGUGCUCCUUCUGGGCAUUUUGAUACCUCAUCACAAAAGCCCAUGAUGGCGGUAAUUCCUUUUAGGAAGCAGAAAACCAUGUCUAACUUCUCCAAAGAGAUGCUUCUGUUUUGCUCAGCUACAGACUUUCCAUGUUCAUAUCAGUCCUCUUCAUCUGCACACCACUUUACUUCAACAGGGCUUCUUCGCUGUGUGUGGAAGGGUGGGACUCCUCAUUUUGUGUUCUCUCUGAAUGAUGAUCCGAGGGAAUUGUAUUUGGCAAAUCCUCUGAAGAUCAAGUCCUCGGUUGACAGGGCCAUGGAUUACAUGUACUUGUUUCAUUCGAAAACUGAUAGCCGGAAGGAUUCAAGAAACCCCAUCAAUGGUGCCUCGAAUGUUGUCGGUAAGAUGAAGGUAUCGAGUACUCUAGUUCUGAACUCGAAUAGAUCUAAAUUCAUAGAAACCAAGUUUGUCUUGUUUGGUGCUAAUGGAGACCAUUUCAAAGAAAUGCCAAGUUCCUCCUCUCCUAUUAUGAAAAGCAAGGGAUUAUCUAAGAAGGUGGCAGGAAUAUUUAGACCAAGUCCUUCAUCCAAGCAUACAUCUACUCACAAAGUUGGUGAAGCAAGCUCUCAAUCUGAGGGUCUGGAGGAAGUGUUUAUAGGUGAGGUGAGCAAUAUUGAUGAAUCAUUUGCUUUGAAUCACCUUGCAGAUGAUUUCCCACCCAAUUUCGAGUUGGCUGCAAUAGUUGUGGAAGACUAUCAGCAUGAUAGCAAUAAACUGGCAGCAAGUGGAGGUUGGGGCCUUAGCUUUCUCAACAGAGCUAGUCAUGCUGAUAACUGUCCAGAGCCUUCAUCUGCUUCAAAAAACAGAGAAGAAAUUCUCAUGAGAAAUUCAAGGAAAUCUGCCAGGAGAAUGAAUGUUUUAGUUCCAGCUGGUUUCCAUGGCGGUCCAAUUACCAGAACUGGUGGCCCAUCUAGUCUUGUUGAGAGGUGGAGGUCUGGUGGACAUUGUGACUGUGGUGGGUGGGAUGUUGGGUGUCCUCUGACAGUACUCGACAACUGCUGUAUCCAUUCAAAAACUUCGCCGCCGGAGGAAUCACGAGAAGAUCUCAGCUCAGUUGACUUGUUUAUGGAGGGUGCAAAGCAUGGUGAACCGACGCUCAAGCUGGUGAAUUCGAGUGAAGGCCUCUACAUUAUUUACUUUCAGUCAACUCUCUCGGCUCUGCAAUCGUUCUCCGCAGCGGUGGCGAUCAUCCAUACUCAAACACCAGACCUCUAUCCAAACCUGUAGAACCAAGAUGAGUUUUCUGCAACUGUAACCAUCGGUUUUGCAAUCGUUCUUUUAAAGAGCGAGAAAUUAUAGAAUAACUAUACGGUGAAAUAGAUGUCUAGUAUUUUUUAUCCCUCUGUAAUUUUCCACUAAUGCUGUAUAAAUUCAUGUAUAAAAGGAUUCAUCUAUUGUCAUUUGCUUUUUUUAAGCAUCAGUUUAGUUCAAACAACAAGAGUAUUUGGACUCCAAUAAAUCUUUUGCAGAAUA